AUGGGCCUGGACUUUGGCAGCGGCGCCGACACCCUGUCGUUUCAGGUUCGAGCAGGACCCAAAAUACAUAAGGCAAUGAUUUUCGCCGCCAUCCUCUGCUGGGGGUCUUUGGUGUCCCUGACCACGGCCUUUUCAAUCGUCGCUCCCCCACAUCCCUAUGAGACGCUGAUCGUCGACACGCGAGUCCCCGUUCUCAUUGAGGACAAUUGGGUCAUGAUGUCUCGGGAGGAUCACCAGCGCUUCUUGCAGAGGAGGGCAGCAGCAGUGGAAAGAGAAGAAGAUUCAGACACAACAACCACCGAAGAAGAAGCAGAAGUGGAAGCCGCCGAUUCCUAUCCCACUGCAACCAGCACACAAGAUGGUGCAUCGACAACGACUAUACCCAUUAGUGUAACGACAACGACCUCUUCGUCCUCAACCAAGACAGCAACCACAACAACACGCACUGCGUCUUCCAGUCCACUCCCAAGCCCAUUGGACAAUGCGAUUGCAUCCAACUUUACCGGCAAUGGCGAGUGCCAGGAAUUCAUUACCAAUAUGCUGGCCGACUCGACUUUCAAGUCAUGUUACCCUUUUUCCAUGCUUGUCCAGGGCUCCCUCUCCAUGUUCAAUGCCGAAAAGUCGCUCUUUAGCAUAACGCAGGUCCUGGACGCAACGUGCAGCGCAAACGUGACUUUUUGCGUCGAUUACCUCGACCAGGUCGCGAGCAACCUGACCGAGACGGCCAACUGCGCCGACGACUAUGAGCAGCAAAACUCGGUCGUCGUUCAGGCCUACCUGGGCCUCAAGGGCUACCAACCGCUCUACAGCGCCUCGUGUCUGCAAGACGCCGACACCUCGGCCUACUGCUUCGCCAAUGCCGUGACCAACUCGAGCGCCAUUGCCGACACGUAUCUAUAUUACCUACCGCUCAACAUUAGCUACCCAAACAUUACGACGCCAGACUGCAACAGCUGCACAAAGAAUGUCUUGGGCAUCUUCCAGGCCGCCACCGCCGACCGCGACGCAGCCAUUGCAAAUACCUAUGCCGACGCUGCCAACGCCGUCAAUGCCCAGUGCGGCGCCGGCUUCGUCAAUGCCACGUUGCCCGAGGCUCAGGUUUCCAGCGCUGCGGUGCCCGGUUUCGCCCACCAAGCACCGUCGCUGCUGCUGUGGUCGCUAUUCGUGGCUGUCUUGUCACAGUGGCUGCUCUAA